AUGCGGUUGAAUUAUGAAACUUUGGGAGAAAAGAGUCAGAAACACGGACCAGCAAAGAGGUUUAGAGGCCGGAGACCUCCUACCCGGCGGGGGCGUCCAGCCUGCGCGGAGACUUGCCUCGCCGGGCACCGCCUCGCCCCACCCCUGCUGGGCCAGCGCGAAUCCCGGCGCGGAGUUCCGGGCGACGGCGCGGUCCCCACUCUGGCCCUGCCUCUUUCCCUGCUCCCCUGCCUCCAGCGGUGCCAGCUGCGCCGGAGCCCCGAGAAUCCGCCGCCACCGCGCAGGUUCCUGAGGCCGCCCUCACGCCACAGCCCCUUUGCUUUUACCCUGUCUCAAGCCAACAUGUCACUGAAAAAUGAGCCAAGAGUAAAUACCUCUGCACUGCAGAAAAUCGCUGCUGACAUGAGUAAUUUGAUAGAAAACCUGGAUACGCGAGAGCUCCACUUUGAGGGAGAGGAGGUAGACUACGAUGUGUCUCCCAGCGAUCCCAGGAUACAGGAAGUGUAUAUCCCUUUCUCUGCUGUUUAUAAGACUCAAGGAUUUAAGGAGCCUAAUAUACAGACGUAUCUCUCCGGCUGCCCAAUAAAAGUUCAAGUUCUGGAAGUGGAGCGCUUUACAUCUACAAAAAGGGUACCAAGCAUCAAUCUUUACACUAUUGAAUUAACACAUGGGGAAUUUAAAUGGCAAGUGAAGAGGAAGUUCAAGCACUUUCAAGAAUUUCACAGAGAACUACUCAAGUACAAAGCCUUUAUCCGAAUCCCCAUUCCCACCAGAAGACACACGUUUAGAAGACAGAAUGUCAAAGAAGAGCCUCGAGAGAUGCCAGCUUUGCCCCGCACAUCUGAAAACAUGAUCCGACAAGAAGAACAGUUCUUUAGUAGAAGGAAACAGCUGGAAGAUUACUUGACAAAGUUACUAAAAAUGCCCAUGUAUAGAAACUAUCAUGCAACAACAGAAUUUCUUGAUAUAAGCCAGCUGUCUUUCAUCCAUGAUUUGGGACCAAAGGGCAUAGAAGGUAUGAUAAUGAAAAGAUCCGGAGGGCACAGAAUACCAGGCCUGAAUUGCUGUGGCCAGGGAAGAGCCUGCUAUCGGUGGGCAAAAAGGUGGUUGAUAGUAAAAGAUUCCUUUUUACUGUAUAUGAAACCAGACAGUGGUGCUAUUGCCUUCGUCCUGCUGGUGGAUAAAGAAUUCAGAGUUAAGGUGGGGAGGAAGGAGACAGAGACGAAAUAUGGACUCCGAAUUGAUAAUCUUUCAAGGACUCUGAUUUUAAAAUGCAACAGCUAUAGACAUGCUCGGUGGUGGGGAGGGGCUAUAGAAGAAUUCAUCCAGAAGUAUGGCCCUGACUUUCUCAAAGAUCAUCGAUUUGGAUCAUAUGCUGCCAUCCAAGAGAACACUUUAGCCAAAUGGUAUGUUAAUGCCAAAGGAUAUUUUGAAGAUGUGGCAAAUGCAAUGGAAGAGGCAAAAGAAGAAAUAUUUAUCACAGAUUGGUGGUUGAGUCCAGAAAUCUUCCUGAAACGUCCGGUGGUUGAAGGAAAUCGUUGGAGGUUGGACUGCAUUCUUAAGCGAAAAGCACAACAAGGGGUAAGAAUCUUCAUUAUGCUCUACAAAGAGGUGGAACUUGCCCUUGGAAUCAAUAGUGAAUACAGCAAGAGGACUCUGAUGCGUCUACACCCCAACAUAAAGGUGAUGAGGCACCCGGAUCACGUGUCGUCCAGCGUAUACCUGUGGGCUCAUCAUGAGAAACUCGUCAUCAUCGACCAGUCAGUGGCCUUUGUGGGUGGGAUUGACCUGGCUUACGGGAGGUGGGAUGACAACGAACACAGACUCACGGAUGUGGGCAGCGUGAAGCGCGUCAUCGGGGGACCAUCUCUGGGUUCCCUCACAGCUGAAACAACAGAAUCUAUGGAAUCCUUACGCCUCAAAGAUCAAAACGAAUCUGAUAAAGAUCUGCCCAUCCUGAACCCUCCUGAUGAUGCAAAUUCAAAACUGAAAGGAAUAGGAAAGCCCAGAAAAUUCUCCAAAUUCAGUCUCUACAGGCAGCUGCACAGACACCACCUGCACGACACAGACAGCAUCAGCAGCAUUGACAGUGCCUCCAGUUAUUGUAAUCACUGUAGGAGUCGUCAGAAUUUAAUCCAUGGUUUAAAACCCCACUGGAAACUCUUUCGCUCUUCCAGUGAGUCUGAGCAGGGGCUUACUAGACCUAACAUUGACACAGCCUCCCUCCGAAGUGUGCAGACACGUGUGGGAGAGCUACAUGGGGAAACCAGAUUCUGGCAUGGAAAGGACUACUGCAAUUUCGUCUUCAAAGACUGGGUUCAACUCGAUAAACCUUUUGCUGAUUUCAUUGACAGGCACUCCACCCCCCGGAUGCCGUGGCAUGACAUAGCCUCUGCAGUCCACGGCAAGGCAGCUCGCGAUGUGGCCCGUCACUUCAUCCAGCGCUGGAACUUCACGAAGAUUAUGAAACCAAAAUAUCGGUCCCUUUCUUAUCCUUUUCUGCUUCCCAAAUCUCAAACAACAGCCCACGAGUUGAAAUACCAAGUGCCUGGGUCUGUCCAUGCUAAUGUACAGUUACUCCGCUCUGCUGCUGAUUGGUCUGCUGGUAUCAAGUACCAUGAAGAAUCCAUCCAUGCUGCUUACGUCUAUGUGAUAGAGAACAGCAAGCACUAUAUCUAUAUAGAAAACCAGUUUUUCAUAAGCUGCUCUGAUGACAGAGUUGUGUUCAACAAGAUUGGCGAUGCCAUUGCUCAGAGGAUACUUAAAGCUCACAGGGAAAGCCAGAGAUACCGGGUGUAUGUUGUGAUACCACUUCUGCCAGGUUUUGAAGGAGACAUCUCAACCGGUGGAGGAAAUGCUCUACAGGCAAUAAUGCACUUCAACUACAGAACCAUGUGCAGAGGAGAAAAUUCCAUCCUUGGACAAUUAAAAGCAGAGAUUGGCAAUCAGUGGAUAAAUUAUAUAUCCUUCUGUGGUCUUAGAACACAUGCAGAGCUUGAAGGAAACUUAGUCACUGAGCUUAUCUAUGUCCACAGCAAGUUGCUAAUUGCUGAUGACAACACUGUUAUUAUUGGCUCUGCCAACAUAAAUGACCGAAGCAUGCUGGGCAAGCGAGACAGUGAAAUGGCUGUCAUUGUGCAGGACACGGAGACAGUCCCUUCGGUAAUGGAUGGAAGAGAGUACCAAGCUGGUCGAUUUGCCCAAGGACUUCGGCUUCAGUGCUUUCGGAUUGUUCUUGGCUAUCUUUCUGGCCCCAGUGAAGACAUUCAGGAUCCAGUGAGUGACAAAUUCUUCAAGGAGGUGUGGGUUUCAACAGCAGCUCGAAAUGCUACAAUUUAUGAUAAGGUGUUCCGGUGCCUUCCCAAUGAUGAAGUACACAAUUUAAUUCAGCUGAGAGACUUUAUAAGCAAGCCUGUAUUAGCAAAGGAGGAUCCCAUUAGAGCUGAGGAAGAGCUGAAAAAGAUCCGUGGGUUCUUGGUGCAAUUCCCCUUUUAUUUCUUAUCUGAAGAGAACCUACUGCCUUCUGUUGGAACCAAGGAAGCCAUGGUGCCCAUGGAGGUCUGGACUUAA